AUGAGUAAGAAGAAACAAGAAAUGUCGCAGGUAUACCUGGGGACAAGCAAUGAGUUUGUCUUUGGUGAACUGGGAGGAAAGGGCAAACACUUGUCGUCAUUCCUUAAGAACUUAUCGUUGACUUCAACUUCUCGUAAAAGCAAGAAUUUGGGAGAAGACGUCAAUAGUUCGAUUUAUGGUAAUAUGCAAUAUGGAAGGGUGCUGGGCGAAGAGUUGGGGAAUGGAAGUGGCGGAGUUGGAGGUGGAGGUUCUGAUGAACUGUUAAGCUCUCCAGGUUCACCGAAAUUGCGACCUAAACUGGUGGGGCGAUCGAUUUCUAUGGGGACCUCGUUUGCCUUUUCAGGAAGUCAUGGUGAUGAUUCUACAAGUAUUAAUCUUGGUGGUGGAAGUAGUGGAAGUUCUCAAAGUGGAGUUGGUAAUAAUGGUGGUCCCUAUAAACACUCUAAUUUGAGUUCUUCAUCCCAUUUAAAGAGUCAUAGAACCCAUUCAAAUACAUUUUACAAAGAUUUGGAUGCCGAUUGGGAUGCUGAUUUGAAUGAUGUUAGGAAUAAGAAGCUCACAAGCGUAAAGCAAAAAGAUAAUAAUAAUAAUGAUCCUAGUAAUAAAUCAAGGAACUCUCUUAGUUUGGUGGAUUCGUUUCAUCCUGAGAUUGGUAUGGUAUCAAGUUUACCAAGUCUGCCUAAAAGAAAGGAUGAGAAAAUAAGCAGUGCCUCCAAGAAACAAUCACUAGACCACGAAGACCACAGAGCUCAAUUAGAAGUGGCCAAACAAAACCAGCUUAAUUCAAAAUAUUCCAAGUUUUAUAAAAUACUAAAACCUGGAAAUACAAUCGACAUUAAUGAGUUACGUAAAUUGUCAUGGAACGGGAUUCCACAAGAUCUACGGGCUCUUAUUUGGCAACUUUUGUUGGGAUAUCUUCCUACAAAUAAACUAAGACAAAGUUCAACUCUCACCAGAAAAAGACAAGAAUAUAAUGAAGGUCUUAGAGUACUUACAAUUGAUUUUGAUGAUGUGAAAACUACUUCCAAUACUUCUUCUUCGUCUCUUAUCAAUAAUAAGGAUCGUCAAAUAUACCAUCAAAUAAAUAUUGAUGUUAAGAGAACAAAUCCUUCAAUAAAAUUAUAUGGUGACCCUCAAGUUCAAAAGUCAUUAAGAAAAAUAUUAUAUCUAUGGGCUAUUAGACACCCUGCUAGUGGAUAUGUUCAAGGGAUUAAUGAUUUGGUAACUCCCUUUUUUCAUAUUUUCCUUCAUAACUAUAUUUGGCAAGUUCAAAAGAAAGCUGAAGCAAUGAACAAUCCACUGAAGGAAUCAGAUUAUGAAGGGUUGUUUAUUCCUGGAAUUUUAGACGAGAAUGAUGAAAUUGAAGCCCAAUUCUUAAAAGAUCCCCAGUUAAUUCAUACUACCCUUAAUAGUCUUGAUACUUCUAAGAUUUCACCUCGAGCUUGGUCAGUAAUUGAAGCAGAUACUUAUUGGUCUUUAACUCGUUUAUUGGAAACAAUAACUGAUAAUUAUAUCCACGAACAACCCGGUAUUCUUCGUCUGGUGGGAGAACUUAGAGAUCUAAUUUCCAAGAUUGAUUUGGAAUUAUCAAAGCAUUUCGAGCAUGAAGGGAUUGAAUAUAUUCAGUUUGCCUUCAGAUGGAUGAAUUGUCUUUUGAUGCGGGAACUUAGUCUUGAUUUGGUUGUGCGUAUGUGGGAUACUUAUUUAAGUGAAACACCGCUAGGAUUCAGUCAUUUCCAUAUUUAUGUGUGUGCUGCAUUUCUCAUUAAGUUUAGUGGAGACUUGAAGGAAAGAGAUUUCCAAGAGAUAUUACUUUUCCUUCAGAAACCACCAACCGCUAGCUGGAAAGAAAAGGAUAUAGAGAUGAUGUUAAGUGAGGCCUUUAUAUGGCAGAGUUUGUAUAAGGAUGCCAGUGCGCAUCUUCGGUCCUAA